GGUGCGCAUGCGCAUUGGUUUAGCUCCGCCCAGCGCACGAUUUGCGCAUGUGCAUUGACUGCUCUGUCUCGUUCGCCGAACGUUUGCCGCGUGGUGGCUCUGGUGGCGCGGAGCUGGGUCGCCAUGUUAGUGCUCUUCGAGACCGCCGCCGGCUACGCUCUCUUCAAGGUCCUAGAUGAAAAUAAACUCCGUGAAGUGGACAAUUUAUGGCGGGAGUUUGAAACAGCAGAAAAAGCAAAUAAAUUUGUAAAGCUAAAACAUUUUGAAAAAUUUCAAGAUACCACAGAAGCUCUUGCAGCUGCUACCGCCCUCGUGGAAGGUAAGCUUAGUAAAGGCCUAAAGAAAGUGCUGAAGAAGAUUGCUGCAAAGGAAGCUCAUGAGCAGCUGGCUGUUGCGGAUGCCAAACUUGGGGGCGUCAUCAAAGACAAACUUAACCUGAGUUGCAUUCACAAUGCUACUGUUGCAGAGUUGAUGAGAGGAAUCCGGACACAGAUGAAUGGGCUGAUCGCUGGCUUACCACCUCGUGAGAUAAGCGCUAUGUCUCUUGGUCUUGCGCAUAGUCUGUCCCGUUACAAACUGAAGUUCAGUCCUGAUAAGGUGGAUACCAUGAUUGUGCAAGCAAUCUCUUUACUGGAUGAUUUGGACAAGGAGCUGAACAAUUACAUCAUGCGCUGCAGAGAAUGGUACGGCUGGCAUUUCCCAGAACUUGGUAAAGCUGUCACUGAUAACUUGGCAUACUGCAAGUGUGUCCAGAAAUUGGGUAACAGAACAAAUACUGCUACCACAGAUCUUUCAGACAUUUUACCAGAGGAAGUGGAAAGUGCAGUGAAAGUUGCAGCUGAAAUAUCCAUGGGAACAGAGGUGUCUGAUGAAGACAUUGAACACAUCAUACACCUUUGUGAUCAGGUAGUGCAGAUCUCAGAGUACCGCACCCAGCUCUAUGACUACCUGAAGAACAGAAUGAUGGCCAUAGCUCCUAACUUGACGGUGAUGGUUGGAGAACUGGUUGGAGCCAGAUUAAUAGCACAUGCUGGCUCUUUGUUGAACUUGGCAAAACAUCCUGCAUCCACUGUACAGAUUUUGGGUGCAGAAAAGGCAUUGUUCAGAGCACUGAAGACAAGAAGAGACACUCCAAAAUACGGUCUUAUUUACCAUGCAUCAUUAGUGGGGCAGACCGCUCCAAAGAACAAGGGCAAGAUCUCUAGGAUGUUGGCAGCCAAGACAUCCUUAGCGAUCCGUUAUGAUGCGCUGGGUGAGGAUACAAAUGUCGAAAUGGGUGUUGAAAACAGAGCCAAGCUAGAAGUCAGAAUACGGAACUUAGAAGAAAAAGGGAUGAGAAAGAUAAGUGGUACAGGAAAGGCUCGAGCAAGAACUGACAAAUAUCAACAUAAGAGUGAGGUGAAAACGUAUGACCCAUCUGGGGACUCUACUUUACCCUCUAUGCCAAAGAAGCGGAAGAUUGAGGAGGUGGAAGUGGAUGAUGGGGAAGACCAGGAGGAAAUCAGAUCUGAAAAAAAAGCAGUGCUUUCAGAGUUCGUUAAAACAGAAGAGGGUGAACAGCCCCCAAAGAAGAAGAAGAAGAAAGAAAAGAAGCAAGAGGUAAUGGUAAAAGAGGAGGAGGAGGAGGAACCAUCAACUUCUUUUGUUACAGAGACUCCAGAGAAGAAGAAGAAAAAGAAAAAGAAGAAAGUGAUGGAUGAAUAAAUAUAGUCAAAUUAUAGUUUGGGCAUCCAAAUUAUUUUUGCUGCUUGUAGCUCCAAUGAAACCUUGUCUGAAAGUGUUAAUCUUUUGUAAUAAGAAUUUUUUCAUAACUGCAGUGAAAUGCAUUUUCUGUUGAAAGUCCCUGUUGAUUUUCUUUUCUGUAAAACAUUGUAAAGGUAAAUGCCUUGUUUUUAUUUUAGACCAAGUUUCCUUUUGUUAAUGCUUUGUCUCCCCUCAACCACCACAUCUUUAUUGUGUAAAAAUAUAUGUUGAAAUUGAGAAACAAGCUUGUGUUUU